AAAAAGGUACUCUGAGACCUUGAAAAGAUUAAACGGAAGCGACGGCCGUGAGGACUGAUACGGCGUCAUUUCCGGGCUUUGGUAACAACUUCUGGAUCAAGUUCUUAUAAUCUUGUUGAUCAACUUUCUCAGUUUCGAUUCGAGCGGUCUUGUGGAACAAAGAAACUGUGCGUAAUUACAGAGAGAAAAAAAAAAAAAAAAAGAGAUGCCGACAUAUUUUUCUGGGUUGGGGAAUUUCUUGCCGUCUAGGCUUUUCAGGCAGUUUGAGCAAGAGUUGGAAACCGUGGUAAAGGUACUGCAGCCGGGGCCAUUGGGAAUUGUAGAGCACAAGUUCUCUGCUGAGGAGGUACGUGAGGCGAAUGCUACAGUUUGCAGAGCAGUAUCGAAUUGGCGAAGGAAUGCAAAUUUAGAGCAGAAAAACCCCAUCUUAAAAGAUUAUAUUCAGAAGUGAAGGAACACUUGCGUGUGUUUAUCUAAUGAAAACCCAAAACAAAAGAGGAAAAAUUUUGGACGGGACUUGUGAAAGCUAAUCUGCUCCUAAUGGCAUGAAAAACUACAUGAUGGCCCUACAAGAAGGAGCAGAUACCUUGAGAACUACUUUAUUGAACUUACUGGGAAGAAAUGCUUCUCGACAUAUUCUCUGCUUGAAACAUAUAACUGAAUGCAUUAAACUAAUUUGUCAGGCAUUUUCUUUCUCUUUGUAUCAUUAUCAAUGUCUGAAAAAUGCAUUAAACUAAUUUGUCAGGCAUUUUCUUUCUCUUUGUAUCAUUA